CUCAAUCAGUUUUAAACACAGAAGACAUCAUGCCCAACUCAAUGGCUCUCACGCCUUACGGCUCAAAUGGAAGUACAGACCUCACCAUGGCUGUCCUUGGCUGUGGUACUAUGGGUGUUGCCAUUCUCAGUGGUAUUUUGAACUCUCUCGCAGAGAUGCAAGGGCCCAAGCCCCUCCAAACUUUGACUUCAUCGCCCGGCGACGAGGUGCCUGAUCGACUUCCCUCACGUUUCGUCGCCAGCGUAGCCACUCCUGCUGGUGCUAAGCGCGUCAAAGGUGCCCUUUGGGAGCACUCUUCUAUUCUCAAGGUUGUCCACAACGACAACAUUGGUGCUGUUCAGCAGUCCGAGGUCGUCAUCCUCGCAUGCAAGCCGUGGAUGGUCAAGGAGAUUCUCACCGAGCCUGGUAUUUCAAAGGCUCUGCACGGCAAGCUCCUUAUCAGUGUCUGUGCUGGUAUCACUGUUGAGGAUAUCGAGAUCGCUCUCCACGGCGCUGUGCCCUGCAAGGAUCCCGAGGAGGAUGGCCGAUGCCGCAUUGUCCGUGCCAUGUGCAACACCGCUGCCGUUAUCCGCGAAUCCAUGACCGUCAUUGCAUCCCCCAACUCCCCUCUCGACCACGCCACUGAGAGCCUUGUCACCUGGAUUUUCAAGCGCAUCGGCGACGUCGUCUACCUGCCAACCCGACACAUGGACGCAUCAACAGCUCUGUGCGCGUCAGGUCCUGCCUUCUUCGCCCUCGUCCUAGAGGCUGCCAUUGACGGUGCGGUUGCCAUGGGUAUUCCCCGCCCAGAUGCUCAGCGCAUGGCCACGCAGUCUAUGAGAGGUACUGCUGGCCUUGUCCAGAACGGUGAGCACCCUGCUCUUCUCCGCGAGAAGGUCUGCACAUCCGGAGGUUGCACUAUUGGCGGCGUCUUGGUUCUUGAGGAAGGCAAAGUCCGUGGCACCGUCUCAAGAGCUGUACGUGAAGCUGCUGUUGUUGCUGGACAGAUCGGCAAGGGAGCCGACGGUGUGAAUGGAACAAGGUUCCACUACGAGUAAGGUGAUCGUAACCAAGACGUGAUUGAGUUUUCCCGAGGAUACUUGUUCGCGAUUACUUUUAGAACGACAGCACUAUCAGGGGCAACGAAACUACCUUGAACGAAGUUUGGUUCAGGGACUUGGGAUGAAUUUGCUGGUAUAUGUUUCUACAUUGUAUUAAACAAUAGUCGACAGGCCUUUUAAUGGCUUUUCAAGUAUGGCUUUUACCUCUGUUAAGACAGUUUGUUUGCAUAGCAUCGCACGGCAUAGAUGGAUAGAUAGGGAUAUAGAUG